CCUUGUACUCUAGUGAUCCUCACUGAGAGAGAGUGAGAGAGAGGCAUGACGUUUUCCAUGGCCAAGAUCUCAGCGUCCUUCGCCAUGCUCACGGCUCUGGCCUUCCUCGUUCAUCCCUGCGCAUCCGCCGAGUUCCACCGCAAGCUCUCCAGCUGGUCCGACGGCGGCGCCACCUGGUACGGUGGCCCGACCGGCGCUGGGACCGACGGUGGCGCGUGCGGGUACCAGGACGCCGUCGACCUGCCGCCCUUCUCCUCCAUGAUCGCGGCGGGGAGCCCGUCCAUCUACGAGGGAGGGAAAGGCUGCGGAUCUUGUUACGAGGUGAAAUGCUCGGGUCACGAGUCGUGCUCCUCCAGCCCGGUGACCGUCGUCCUCACCGACCUGUGCCCCGGCGGGCCGUGCCUUGAAGAGUCUGUCCACUUCGACCUAAGCGGGACGGCGUUCGGCGGCAUGGCGAAGCCCGGCCAGGCCGACAAGCUCCGAUCCGCCGGUCGCCUCCAAAUUCAGUACACUCGAGUCCCAUGCAAGUGGCAGGGGGUGGACAUAGCCUUCAAGGUGGACACCGGCUCCAACGACUACUACCUGGCCAUGCUCGUCGAGUACGAGUCCGGCGACGGCGACCUGUCGUCCGUCGAGCUCAUGCAGGGCGGCGGCGGCGGGUGGUCUAAGAUGGAUCAGUCGUGGGGCGCCGUGUGGAGGUACAACUCCGGGCCCAAGCUGCAGCCACCCUUCUCCGUCCGCCUCACCUCCAGCUCCGGCAAGACCCUCGUCGCCAGCAACGUCAUCCCGGCAGGCUGGAAGCCCGGCGGCAUGUACCGCUCCGUCGUGAACUACUGAGACGCAUGGAUCGUCUAGUCGGUUAAUAAACAUAUGGUGCGUUCGCACGCAAGCCCGCCCGCCCCCCGCGCGCGCCCGUAUGCAGAGGCGUGGCGCAGUGGCACUAGCUUUUGGUUUAUGUUUGGAGCUAUAUGUAUGGGCGUGUGUAUAUCUGUGUGUAAUCACCAUUAAUAGUAGUA